UUUUUGGGGGUGAAGUUUCCCUUAUCAUCCAUCUUCUUUCAAGGAGUUUGACCUGUAAACCUGACAUCUUACCAACUUUUAAAAAUAAGAAAAAGAAAAUAUAUUACGGGUUUACGGCAGAGGUAGCAUUUCAGAUGUAGUGAACAAAUAUGAGCACAGUUUUUUUUUUUUUUCUGUAUUUAAUAGUCAAGUCAAGUCUCUUACUGCUGUUCUUCUUUCACUUUCUUUUUCUCUCUCAUAUACCUUAAUUUCUUUCUCUCUUUCUUUUUUCGCCUCUUUCAAACAUCAUAAUCUGGUUUUCAUGAAAAAUGGGAGUUCCUUGCUACCGAUCUAUAUAUUGCCUUUAGUAUCUGACUUUCUGUUUCUCUUUUAAGGAUUGACUUGGUCCGAUCUACUGAUCAUUUUUCUGUCUUUUAAAAUUAUAUGGUGGUCCGGAUCGAUCAAAUAUCAUAUCUGAUUCAGCACAAUCUCUUCCUGAAGACAAUUCCAACACCACAAUGAAGGAACCCAAUCAUACUGCUGUUGAGUCGGAGAACUGUUUUUUCAAUUUACUUGAGCUUGCUUCCAAUGAUGAUGUUGAAGGGUUCAAGAAGAUCUUAGAGCAUGAUGCUUCAAAAAUUUGUGCAGUUGGUUUGUGGUAUGGCCGGCAGAAGGGCUCUAGACAAAUGGUUCUUGAGCAUCGGACACCCCUGAUGGUUGCUGCUACUUAUGGCAGCUUGGGUGUUUUGCAGCUAAUACUUGCUCAACCUUGGGUGGAUGUGAACUUUUCGGGUGUCCCGGAUAAGAGCACAGCCCUCCACUGUUCAGCUUCUGGUGGGGCAGUUGAAGCCGAUGAAGUUGUGAAGCUUCUGCUGGAAUCUGGUGCAGAUCCUAAUGCAAUGGAUGUGAAUGGUCUUCGCCCAUUUGAUGUGAUUGUUGUUCCUCCAAAGCUCCCCAGCAAAAGAGCUUCAUUAGAAUACCUCCUCGCAAAAAAUGCUUCUGAUAACUCCAUCAUUGGACCCAAGAUGCUUGUAUCGGUUGGGAGUUCAAGUUCUAGCUCUCCUCCGCUGUCUUCAUCACCCGACAAUGGCUCUUCAUCGUUUCCAUCAGAUUCAGUAUUAUCACCAAAGAUUGUGAAGCCAAUUGAUUUUUCUAUCAACCAGCCACCAGAAAAGAAGGAAUACCCCGUUGAUCCUUCUCUUCCUGACAUAAAGGACAGCAUCUAUGCAACUGAUGAAUUCCGUAUGUUCUCAUUCAAGAUCCGACCGUGUUCUCGAGCAUACUCCCAUGAUUGGACUGAGUGCCCUUUUGUUCAUCCAGGAGAAAAUGCACGACGGAGGGAUCCAAGGAAGUAUCAUUAUAGUUGUGUCCCCUGUCCUGAAUUUAGGAAGGGGACAUGUAGAAGGGGUGACUUGUGUGAGUAUGCUCAUGGGGUAUUUGAAUGCUGGCUUCAUCCUGCCCAAUACAAAACUAGGCUUUGCAAGGAUGGGACAAGCUGCAAUCGAAGGGUGUGCUUUUUUGCCCAUACCCCUGAAGAACUAAGGCCACUCCAUGUGUCUACCGGCUCCGCUGUACCUUCACCACGAGCAUCCGCCUCUGUUACUGCUGUCAUGGAUAUGGCAGCUGCAAUGAAUCUCUAUCCAGGUUCACCAUCAUCUAUCUCGGCCAUGUUACCUUCACCGUUUUCCCCACAGUGCAUGUCACCUCCUACAAAUAACUGCCCAAACCACCCUUGGUCCCCGCAGCAAAAUGUUCCAACCCUUCAUCUCCCUGGAAGCAACCUUCAAUCCAGUCGUUUGAGAUCUUCACUGAGUGCUAGAGACAUUCCCCACAAGGAUUUUAAUAUGCUAUCUAAUUUUGAUGCCCAGCACCAUAUGUUAGAUGACCACAUGGCCUCUUUUUCACAGCCGCGGUCUAACCCUUCUUCCUUGAUUCAUGCUGUUCGGACAAAGACCUUAGCUCCUUCUAACCUGGAGGAGCUCUUUUGCUCAGAGAUUGCUUCUUCUCCUCGUUAUUCUGACCAUGUUCCGGCAGCUGUUUUCUCCCCAACCCACAAAUCUGUGCUGCUCAAUCAAUUCCAACAGCAACAGAGUUUUUUGGCACCGAUCAACACAUCUAAUGUUUACUCACCCAAAAGCGUUGACCACCCCUUGUUGCAGGCUUCUUUAAGCGUAUCUUCUCCUGGAAGGAUGUCUCCACGAAGUGUUGAACCUAUUUCACCUAUGAGUGCUCGACUCUCUGCUUUUGCGCUUCGGGAGAAGCAGCUGCAGCAACAACAGCCACUGCGUAGCUUUAGUUCGAGAGAGUUUGGAGUCAAACAUAAUUCCUCCUUGGUUGGUUCCCCGGUCAAUUCGUGGUCAAACUGGGGAUCACCGAAUGGAAAGACGGAUUGGUCAGUCAAUGUUGGGGAUGGUGAAAUGGGUCGAUUAAAUCGAUCAUCUUCAUUUGAGCUUGGGAACAAUGGAGAGGAACCAGAUCUCUCUUGGGUCCAGUCUCUGGUGAAGGAUUCUCCCCCUGAGUUGCGAGAAAAGCAUGUUACCCCUGUUUCUGGUGCUAUCCAAUCUGCUGAGGGCUUGGCAACCAAAGCUUCAACAGAUUCAGUUGAUUACUCUGUUGUAGGUGCAUGGCUUGAGCAUAUGCAGCUUGAUCAGCUCGUAGCCCAGUAAGAUAUUUUCUUUCUUCUCUUUUUUGGCUCUUGAUUGAGAUAGAGAGAAGUAGUGUAAAACCUUGUUUUUGGGGAGUUUUUUGGGUCUUUGGUGUAGGUUGGUGUCAAUUGAAAGUGGUACAGUAUAGAAAGAAGGAUGAAAGAUAGGAAAUAAUAGUUGCCCAGUUGAUGAAGCAUAUUGCUUUUUUGGUGUUUAGUCAUUUAUUGUUAUUAGCCAAGGAGGACGAAGAAGCACUUUUAGUUGGGUGUAGCAAGGUAAACCCACUUGGGUGAUCUUCCGAAGCUCUUUGGAGUAUUGGACUCAUCUCUCAUAUAUGUAUUUUUACCCCAAGAAUUUUACCUAGAACGAGUUGGAAGAAUCGGAGAUGAGAAUCCUCUAAUUUCUUUCUUAAUUGAUUGAUGGCUAUUGAGCAAGAAGGUUUAGAAGAUGGGAGAAAAGUUCCUUUGAUCCUUUAAUUUUUGUCUUAAUUGGUUUAAUGGUUAUUGAGCCGGAAGGUUUAGAGUAUGGGAGAAAGGUUCUUUUUAUCCUGUAUUGUCGUAUGUUGAGCUAGUUGCUUAUUAUUUUGUAUGCUAGUUGGGAUCAUCUUGUAAUUGGAUAUGUAACUGUUGAUGAUGUAUAACUAUAUGAAAUAUUAUUUCAAUAUAUUCACAGGCUUCUGUAGUUUUCA